GAGUUUGUAUUUCCGGUUUGUGAAUGGAGUAACUAGAAAUUGAUGUAAGGAAACAUCCACUUAUGUCAAGUAUAUAUAUGAUGACAGAGAAUGCGAACUGAUGUGAAAUUAUUUUGUUUGCACAAUGUAUUCUGGAAACAUGUCGGAAUCGGAUCGCCAAGACAGAGGGACAAUGCCUCAGAGGGGAAAAGUGGCAAAAGUCCGCCAAGAAUUUAUGGUUCAUGAAGAUGGGGCCAUGGCGUACCAGGAACAAAAUGAAGAAUUUGAGAGACACUAUGGCCUGAAUAGAUUCCAUAGGAGAACCGUGCGGGAGGACAUCCCCGUGGCCCGAAUUGUACAGACUGAGGAAGAAUGUAGACAACAAGAAGAACGCUACCAAGAGUUGCAGGCCCUGAAUGUGCAAGCUGAAGAAGAUGCUGAAAUAGCUAGAAGGAUAGAACAAGAUCUGAUGGGAGAGGAGGCAGCUCAGAGAAGGCAGAGAGAACAACAGGAUGAGGAAAUUGCAAGAAAAGCUUUUGAAAAAGAACAACAAAGGUAUGAAAAAUACAUGGAAAAGAAAAGGAUUAAAGAGCUGAAGAGGGAGAGGGAGAUAUUGGAGCAGCAACUUCAGCACAAUUCAGAGGUUGCGGGGCUGGUUGCCAGAUCUCUGCCUCCAGAUGUGGAGAGUGCUAAUGAAGCUAUGAGGGAAGUUAGACUGAAUAAUGGAGCCUUAGACAGACAAACUCAAAACUACCAACAUUCUAGAACUGGAAAUAUAAGAGUGACACACACAGGAAGGAUUGAAGAUGACGGGGAUUUUUCGGACUUUUAUCCACAUCUACCAGAUCAUGUAGAUGAAAACCAGAGAAGAUUUAUCCAAGAAACUGCAGAUGAGGAAUUGGCUCGUUUAUUACAAGAGCAGGAACACAAGAGAAGCAAAGCUGAAGUGGAUCGCAAUAAACUAAGAGAGAUAGAAGAACAAGAUGAAAGACUUGCUAAGAUCAUUCAAGAACAGGAAAAAAUUAAAUUAAAGAAAGCCAAACAGAAAAAGAAAAAAGAACAAGAAGAGAAAAGCAAGCAUCAGCAGGUUACAAACCCUGCAACACGGCCACUUCCAGAUUUACCAGGUCAAAGGUCAGAUAUUCCAGUUCAAAGAUCACAUGAUCACCACAGGCUUCGGAGGGACAGUUUCCUUCAGUCUCUGAACAAUGGACCAGCAGAUAACUCUGGAAGUCAGAGAAGUCCAGAAAAUUACAAUUCCAGUGCACAUUCCUCCCAAUCCCACGGUGCUUACAACUCCUCCCAAAGAUCUAACAUUUCCCAAAGAGCUCCAAGAAUGGAUCAAAGACUGCCCUCUCGUGGAGAUAGCUCAGCCAGUAGUGUCCAGAAUGUGGAAAGAUGGCUGGAAAACUCAGUGAUGGAAUCUCAGGGUCCCCCACCCAGAGGGAGGAUACACUCGGACAGAUCUGACUUGAGUGACCAUGUUCCUUCCCUCUCCCCACCUGGUAGUUACCAUAGUGAUGAGGAAAUACCUUACAGACCACCACCACAACAGUCGAGAGUCUCCUCAAGACCCCCAGAAGAAAAUCACUAUGCAGUCAGCAACCCUAUGCCGUUCAACAUAGCAGCAGCCAUUGACCCUACCUACCAUCGUCGAGCUCAUGAAUUCCAACAAGAUGAGACGGAGGCUAAAGUCCCAGUAACCCUGGCCAGUUCCCUGCCUGUCAGAGAAACAGAACUAGAAUGGGACCCCUCGCUACGUGGGAGCCUUAGGCGACCAAAGGGAACAUGGAAUCAAAUGGCCUUUCAGCGAGGAUUUAUUGGGGACACUGGAGUAUCGAGAGAUGACAACUUUUCACAAGAAGGAUCAGUUAUAUCACCAUGGCAACCAGUGCAAGGUCAGAAAAGGUCAACUUUAGAUAAACAGAAGAGAGCAUCUACUGGUAAUGCUAAACACGACAAAGUGAAGGGAAACUGCAAGCAGCAGUAAAAAGAAAGAAUAUUAACAAAGAACAUAUUUUGAAGCAUAUUCGGGACCAAAUAGGUGGCCAAAAAUGAAUAGAGAAAAAAAAUGCAAAUAACAGCAUAGCUACAAAAUAUGAUGUAGUCGUAAGUGACUAUCUCUUUGUGAUGUUCCACUUACAUCAUGGCAGUUCCUCUCAAUUUCUACACUUCUUGAAGUUUUUCUGAUCAUGUUCAAAGCUUUAUAGACUAUUUUUCAUGUGUAUCUUUUAUAAAGAAUAAUGUAUUUCUAUUUCACAUUACAAGUUAUAUUUUAUUCAGUGUUAGUGAUAUCAUGAAGAGGUGACAUUUCCAGUAAAUAUGAUUUCAAAAUAUAUGAAGGAUUGUAAUUAAAGGUAAAAAUUAUAGGGAAACAUUCUGUCAUAUCAUAUUAAAGUUAACAGAAUCACUCGAUCAAUACAAUGUUAAAAUAUUAGUUAGAAAUCAGAAGUUUCUGUUUUUCUUGUGUUUAUACAACAUUUACUUAGGGGAAAUAUAGAAAAGUGAUAAAGAAUAUUAUGAUAAUGAAAAAGAAGUUUGGGGAUACAUGUUUUGGGUUUUGAGAAACUUAAUGUCUUCCUAGUGCUUGCUAUUACAGCCACAUUAGUCAUUCACCGUGUAGGUCUAGAGGCUUCACAAUUUUGCUUGAUAUAAAAAAAAUUAUAUAUGUGACAAGAAUCCUAUAGCAAGAGCUUUUUAUGUAGGUAAUGGGGUCUGCUGAAGUAAUGGCAUUUGUGCAAUAUUAAAUGUCUGAUAUUUCCUUUUUUCAUGUUUUUUGCUGAAAACUAAUAAUUUUCUUUUCAAAGAUACAUACUGCAACUAAUUCAAAAGAUUCCCAUUGGAAUAUUGAUACAGUCAAAUCUCAAUAUCUUGCACACUUCUAAUACCAGACAUGUGUUGAAGAGAGUUGCUGGUCCCAACAUUAUGAAUUAUAUGAAUCCUCUGAUAUCUGCAGUAAAACAGUUAUUGCAAACACACUUACAGUGAAUUUACACUUACAGCAAAGUGAUUUUCUUUCCCUGUAGUUUUAAAAUGUGAACUGAAUGGAUAUAGUGUGUUUUUUAUGAACUGUAUAUUUUUCUUGUACUUCCAUGUUUAAGAUUUUGAGUUCUGACUGUACUUUAAAUGAUCGUGGGUCUGUUCAUACCAAAAAAAACAACAAAAAUUUACCCCUUUCAAAAAUAACCGGUAGUGAUUUCACAGUACGUGUUUGUUAUAUGCUGUUUGAAAUAUUUUUCCUAAUUAUUGAAAACAGAGCUGUGAUAAAAGAAAUGGUGGUGUACUUGUUAGCAUAUAGUUUAGUGGGUUUUGUCUGGUAUAAACUGAAAGUGUUGUGAAUAGUAAUAAACUGUAAACAAACAGAGUUGACCAAUACAUUGUACUUCAAAACAUUGUAAACAUCCCACAAAAAAAUAUAAAAGCUGAAAUGUAACAAAAUGUUAAUGAGUGUGUUUCAAAGUAAUUUAUUUACAUACAUGUAUUAUUUAUACACUUAGAGUUCUUCAUUGUGUGAAACAUGUAUAAGUUUGACGUGAAAUUACAUACAAGUAUAAAACAAAUUUAACAAAAACAGUAUGGGUAACUAGCAUUAUGCAAAUUUAAAAUGUUAAAAAUGAUACACCAAAUCUGAUGUCUUCAAAUUCAAUGUUUUGAAUUCUAAGUGUUGACUUUAUUUUUGUAAUCAUUAUAUAUGAAUAUUUUUUUGUUUUGUUACUAUUGUACACAUUUUACAUUAAUUAUAUAAUUACGUAGUUGUAAUUUUCAUGUAUACAAUAUUUCUGAUAAAUUCAAUAUAUAACAUUAAAAUUUUAAACAAA